AUGGCUUCAUUAUCCUUCAUGGAUUGGGUAUCCAGCGUCAGAGGAGCACCAGCUCACGCUGCCGGCUCAUCCCCCCUCGAACGUCUCCCUGCCGAGAUUCUAACCAGAAUCCUACUCUACGUCGCCGCACCCACAAUGAGAAAAGGCUGGGAUAUCCCUCACGCCUUACCAGGUGAACAUUCCAGCCGUCCAAACAGCCUCCUCCCAACCUUACAAAUCUCCCACCGCAUCCACGACAUCGCCAUCUUCAUCAUGUACCGCGACCCCAACAUCCGCACCCCCAAAGUCUCAUCCAUAACCCGCUUCUUCGAGACGCUGGACCAAAACCCCUCACUAAGCACCUUAAUCCGCACCUUCGACAUCACGCGCUCUGCACUCUGUGGGUAUACCCUCACUCUCGAGAAGAUCUCGCGUCUCCCUCGCCUGCGCGAUCUCCGCUUAUCGCUAAGCCACGUGAAGGAUGUGAGGAUGCUGCAGAGAUUGAUGUUUGGGUUCCCGAGUUUGCAGGCACUGACGCUGGAUGUGAGUUGUUUGAGUGAGAAGACGAGGAUGUUAAGGGGUGCGUUUGAGGGUUUACCGGGGGAGUUGGAGAGUGGUAUUGAGAGUUUGAGGUUUGUGGAUGGGUCUGGUGCUGGGGGGUUGCAUAUACCUGGGGUGUUGGAAUCUCUCCUCCCGAGAAUGAGGAAAUUGCGAGUCCUGGAUGUGAGUAGGACGUGUGUGACUGUCGACGCUCUGGUAUCGAUCCCAUCGACUGCGAGACUCACUCAUCUUAAUGUCUGGGGAUGUCGAGAUCUUGAAUUAGACGAGCUGGUAAAUUUCUUGAUUUCGCACCCAGCAGUGAAAGAUUCACUUGUCGUCCUCAAAGCAGGAUAUAUCGCCGACGGCGCACCACUCAACGAGCGCCAAAUCAACACUUUCCUCUCCCAGGCUCCACCCACUCUCCGCUCUCUAGACCUUAGCAUGUCGAGUAUGGGGCCAAGCAAUAUCCCAUAUCUGCAGAAACUAUGCAGCCAGCUGGAAGAGUUGAGCGUAGGGCAGAAUUUCGACAUGUACAAUAUCGAGAGCAUGAUAUUGAAACCCCGCUACGAUUUCGACGACGAGUACCGCUCGUGUCCGGCGCGAGAAUUGACUAAAGAGGAGGCUAAGCAUGAGGCGAUUCUAGAGCCAAUGAGGAACGCUGUUGCGAUGUGUAGACUACGGCGACGAUUGUCUUCCGUGACUGUUUCGGAGUCUAGAGAAGGAAGGAGAGCGAGGGGGUCAACGUUGAGGUAUUUGAAUCUGAGCUCGAUUCCAGCGGAAGAGCAGGGCAUGAUUAAACAAUCUGUGUUGUUUGGCAGGGAGACGGGACCGUUGGAGGUUGUGGAGCUGGCUAAUAUUCCGUGGGAGGAUUUCGAGGUACUGGGGAGGGUGUGUGGUGCUGUUGGGUGGAGGGAGGAGUGGGAGGAUAAGAGGGUUUGGGUGGAGAGGUUGUGA